GGAAAAGGGAGUCAUUUGUUCUUGCCUCUGCAUCCGCUUAUUCUUGUACAGCUAGAGAAUUUAUAAAGUGGUCUACUUUUGAAAAACUUGUUUUUGGCUCUUCAGCAGCCAUUUAUGUCUGCCAGUUUUCCUGGUAGGCCCACACCUAACCUAACCUUUAUUGAUCAUUGCAUCUGCAUAUUCUUGUACUACAUCAUUGGGUAGAAAAUUUGUCCACAGCUAGAGAAUUUAUAUCAGAGUGGUCUUUUCAAAAAACUUGUUUUUAUUGCCACAGAAUGAGGAUACUUUUUUUGAAGGGUUGGAUUUGUGGAAUCCGAGGCGUCUCUGGUACGCCGCUCAUGAAUCCAGCACAUGGACCAAGACAGGGAAAUCCAGCACAUGUUAAGGCUACAAGAAUUAUUUCCUCACUGCCAUCUUGGUCCUCGUAUCUCCCAUUUUCAGAGGCAUCUUGGUCCUCCCGUUUUUAAAGGGAAAAGGAGACCCAAGAUGCUGCUGAAGGUGGAUUUCUCUUAGUUCUAAACAUGGGCCCUACGGUGGUGGAGCGCAUGACCCAUCAUGUGGCAUCGGCCCCCUGACAAAAAUCUUUGGAAAUCUCAAGCUGUCCUCAAGUGCGACGUCGUGUGGAGGAGGAAGAGAAGGAGUAGAAGGUCGUGUGCCACUGAUGGAAGAGACAGGCUUGUCACAACAAGUACAACAAGACGAUGAUGUACCAGCACAAGAGGUGGACUCACUUACGCCUGGGUCGAGGGGUUCUUUAUCAAGGCCGGGGGCUUCUGAAGAUGGAGAUAAAGAUGAACGAAUUGAGGCCCGAGAAGUAG